AGGUUUUGACCAAUAAAAUAAGGGAAACAAAAUAAAAAGAAAUUCAGACAAAAACCUCUUCACUCUUAGGUUUUCCGCCUUUCUCCCUUCUUUUUAUCUCUCCCACUAUCUCCAUUGGUCGUCGCUGCAACAACUUAUUAGGGCACAGAUUUCUGGAAUUGAUUUCACAGUACUACUACCUCUAGCUGUCUGUCAUGGAGGAUGUGAAUGAAAAAGUGGCAAAUUUGGACGUGACUAACAAAAAGGAGAAAAAAACACCCAAAGUUAAAGCCCCUAAGACUACUGGUGGUGGAAGCAGCGGUGGCGGCGCCGGUGGUGGAAAAAAGAAGGAGGUCAAAAAGGAGACUGGUCUAGGUUUAUCUAAUAAGAAAGAUGAAAAUUUCGGAGAUUGGUAUUCUGAGGUUGUUGUCAGUGGUGAAAUGAUUGAAUACUAUGAUAUCUCGGGGUGUUAUAUCCUCAGGCCAUGGUCUAUGGCUAUUUGGGAAAUUAUGCAAACAUUCUUCGAUGCCGAAAUUAAGAAAAUGAAGAUCAAGAAUUGCUAUUUCCCUGUGUUUGUAUCUUCUACUGUGUUACAGAAAGAAAAGGAUCACAUUGAGGGCUUCGCCCCAGAGGUUGCAUGGGUCACGAAGUCUGGAGAUACAGACUUAGAGGUUCCUAUUGCAAUUCGUCCUACGAGUGAAACAGUUAUGUAUCCCUACUUUUCAAAAUGGAUAAGAGGUCAUCGUGACUUGCCCUUGAGGCUUAACCAGUGGUGCAAUGUUGUUCGCUGGGAAUUCAGCAAUCCUACUCCCUUCAUCAGGAGUCGUGAAUUUCUUUGGCAAGAAGGGCAUACGGCUUUUGCAACAAAGGAUGAAGCAGAUCAAGAGGUUCUUGAAGUUUUGGAACUGUAUCGGAGAAUUUAUGAAGAGUUCUUGGCAAUCCCAGUGGUGAAGGGGAAGAAAAGUGAGAAUGAAAAGUUUGCUGGAGGUUUGUAUACAACAAGUGUUGAGGCUUUUGUUCCAAAUACUGGUCGUGGAGUACAAGGUGCAACCUCACAUUGCCUCGGCCAAAAUUUUGCAAAAAUGUUUGAGAUCAACUUUGAGAACGAGAAGGGAGAAAAGGGCAUGGUGUGGCAAAAUUCUUGGGCAUACAGCACUCGAACGAUUGGAGUGAUGGUGAUGGUUCAUGGAGAUGACAAGGGGUUAGUAUUGCCACCUAAAGUUGCAUCAGUGCAAGUCAUAGUGAUUCCUGUGCCUUACAAAGAUGCCGACACUCAAGCCAUCUGUGAUGCUUGUUCCGAAACUGCAGAAGAGUUAAAUAAAGCUGGUUUCCGUGCUGAGACAGAUCUAAGAGACAACUACUCACCUGGUUGGAAGUAUUCAAACUGGGAAUUGAAAGGAGUUCCCUUGAGGAUUGAGAUAGGUCCAAAGGAUAUGGCCAAAAACCAGGUACGUGUUGUUCGCCGAGACAAUGGAGCAAAAGAGGAUAUCUCAAGAACCAACUUGGUUGAUCAUAUUAAGGACUUGCUGGAAAAUGUCCAACAAAGCCUAUUUGAUGCUGCAAAGCAAAAACGCGAUGCUUGUGUUACCGUAGCCAAGACAUGGGAAGAGUUUACCAAGGCCCUAAAUGAGAAGAGGAUGAUCUUAGCUCCUUGGUGCGAUGAGGAGGAAGUUGAGAGAGAUGUUAAAGCACGUACCAAGGGUGAGAUGGGAGCAUGCAAGACUCUUUGCACCCCUUUUGAUCAGCCAGAGCUCCCAGAGGGGACGCUAUGCUUUGCCUCCGGAAAACCUGCUAAAAAGUGGACUUAUUGGGGAAGAAGCUACUAGUUCUACUGGUGUUAUUUGAAAGCAGGUAUAAGUGUUCGUCUGCAACAGUUAAAAGAGUAGGAAACCAGUUGUGAGAUUUUUGAAAGUAGAGGAUCUUUUUUUUUUUGCUAUCCUGGAAAUUUCUGUUCUGGAUUUCGUCUUGAAAUUUUCUGUUUAUUGAAUUUAAUGAAUCCAAAUUUCAUAAAUUUUUUUUUGGAACAACAAAAGGUUUUAUUGAAUCAAAUUAAGUCUUACAUAACUA